GAGAUGAGAGCCACCAAACAGGGACCCUUGAACGGCCAGUACACUUUGGCGCAAUGGACUUCUCUAGGUUUCUAAUCACCCUAACAAUAACCAUUCUCUUCGGUGCUAGCUUCAAAUCAAACGCUUUGCAGGCGAGUCCAUCCUUUCAGUACGAAUUAAGGAUUGAACCACAAUCGCUUACCAGCACCGUUGGUCAAGGAGUAAACUUUACUAUUUUUGCACAAGUAUACUAUUGUAGUGAGCAAAAUGCGACCAUUAUAUGGAGCACCGACAAUGCACUCACAACAAGUCCUCAAAGUAUCGUCCUGUCGUCGAGCUGUGAGCGAAAUGCACUACAAACUGAGCAGUAUUCGGUGUGCGUAUCUUCCGUGAAACAGGGACGGUUUCUGAUCAACUCUCUACUUCUCCCGCGUCUCGCGGACGAUAGCCGAUUGUUCGCGCAGCUGAAGGUGGCCCAAUACCGCCCGCUGAUAAUCGUAUCAACAGUGAUCGGGUGGAUGUACACGUUUUGCUGGACAAUCGGUGAUUACUUCCAAGCGUGGACCAACGUCAAGCGAAAGAGUGUCGUUGGGUUGAGCUUCGAUUUCCUACACCUCAACGUGGUAGGGAACUUUUGCUACUCAACGUUCAACGCAGUACUUUUUUGGAACGAUUAUGUUGAACAAGAAUACUUCCAACGCCACCCAUUCGGUCUGAAUCCGGUAGUACCGAACGAUGUCGGCUAUGCAUUACAUGCCGUUUUUGGGAACUGUGUACUGAUAGCGCAAUGUCUUCUGUAUCCCAGCGAUGGAAAUGUUGUAUCACGACCAGUGAAAAUCCUAAUUUCAUGUUACAUUUCACUAGUCACCGUUUUCUGGGGCCUCGCAUUCUGGGGACAAAUCUUUUGGCUGGACUUUUUGUACGUUCUCAGCUACGUAAAAUUGUCCACGAAUUUAAUUAAAUACUUUCCUCAAGUUUAUAUGAAUUUCAAACGUAAAAGCACCGUGGGAUUCAGCAUAAUGAAUCGUAUAUUGGACAUGGGCGGUGGUAUAUUAAGCUUGCUACAGAUGAUACUCAACGCUUGGAAUUUUGAUGAUUGGCAAUCGAUUGCUGGGGCCCCGGUAAAAUUCGCACUAGGAUUCGUGGCCAUUCUCUUCGAUGUUUUUUUUAUGGUGCAGCAUUUCGUUUGCUACAGAGAGGCUAAGCAUUCGAAUAAUAAAUGAUUCGGAUUUCAUCAGAAAAAUCAA